AUGCUCAGUGGUCGAAAAGUCUCCAAGGAGCCCUGGGAGGGUGACCUGGAAAGCAAGAAGGAAAACUUUGUGCAGGAGGAGCUGUACAUCCAUGGAAAGUUAUUGAUUGCAGAUGACAGGACUAUUAUUUGCGGCAGUGCAAAUAUUAAUGAUAGGGACAGCAACAUGAUUGACAGUACUAUGCACGGCAAACCCUACAAAGCAUCACAGCUAGCUGCGACAUUACGACGCAAAAUAUGGCGCAAACACCUCGGUUUGCUACCACCCCAGAAUAUCAAUGCAAGUAAUGACCCAGGCGCCCAACCCCCGGGAGACUGUCAGUGGGAUUGUACGGACGACAAUAUCAAGGGGCCAGAGAAUGACUUUGUGACUGAUCCACUGAGUGACGAGCUGUGGGACACAUAG